CGGAGUGGCAGCCACAGUUGAGCGCUGACGGUUAGUAGCGACAGUGCCAUCUAAAGCCGAGGAUUAUAGCUGGUAGCUGGACAGGAUUAGUAGCAGGAUACGAAGGAGGUACAACCGAGAGAACUAUCAAUAUGACUGUGGAGGCUGCGGCGACAUCAACAUCCCUUCUGGGAUACAGUCCCACGUUGACCACUCUGGUGGCCACCAUGGUGGCGUUGGGAUUGUACGAGUACUGGCGCCGUAAUACCCGGGAAUACCGGAUGGUGGCCAACAUCCCAUCCCCGCCAGAGUUGCCCCUGCUGGGCCAGGCCCAUUUGGCCGCCGGCUUGAGCAACGCCGAGAUCAUGAACGUGGGAUUGGGAUACCUGAGCAAGUACGGCGAGACUCUGAAGGCCUGGCUGGGCAGCGUCCUCCUGGUCUUCAUCACGAAUCCCAACGACAUCGAACUGAUCCUCAGCGGACACCAGCACCUGACCAAGGCGGAGGAGUAUCGGUACUUCAAGCCCUGGUUCGGCGACGGUCUCCUGAUCAGUAACGGACACCACUGGCGUCAUCAUCGCAAGAUGAUCGCUCCGACCUUCCACCAGAGCAUCCUGAAGAGCUUCGUGCCCACGUUCGUCAACCAUUCCAAGGCUGUGGUGGAUCGUAUGGGUCUGGAGGCUGGCAAGUCCUUUGACGUCCAUGACUACAUGUCCCAGACCACCGUCGACAUCCUGCUGUCCACCGCGAUGGGUGUGAAGAAGCUGCCGGAGGGUAACAAGAGCUUCGAGUACGCCCAGGCUGUCGUCGACAUGUGCGACAUCAUCCACAAGCGCCAGAUCAAGCUGCUCUACCGCCUGGACUCCAUCUACAAGUUCACCAAGCUGCGCGAGAAGGGCGACCGCAUGAUGAACAUCAUCCUGGGCAUGACCAGCAAGGUGGUGAAGGACCGCAAGGAGAACUUCCAGGAGGAGUCACGGGCCAUCGUUGAGGAGAUCACCACCCCGGCCACACCAGCCGCCAAGAAGGAGGGCCUCCGCGACGAUCUGGACGACAUCGAUGAGAACGAUGUGGGUGCCAAGAGGCGUCUGGCCCUCCUCGACGCCAUGGUGGAGAUGGCCAAGAACCCGGACAUCGAAUGGAACGAGAAGGAUAUCAUUGACGAGGUCAACACCAUUAUGUUUGAGGGACACGACACCACCUCGGCCGGCUCCAGCUUCGCUCUGUGCAUGAUGGGCAUCCACAAGGACAUCCAGGAGAAGGUAUUCGCCGAACAGAAGGCCAUCUUUGGUGACAACAUGCUGCGCGACUGCACCUUCGCCGAUACCAUGGAGAUGAAGUACCUGGAACGCGUCAUCCUGGAGACUCUGCGAUUGUAUCCACCAGUACCCUUGAUUGCCCGCCGCGUGGACUACGAUCUGAAGCUGGCCAGUGGCCCGUAUACCGUGCCCAAGGGCACCACGGUCAUUGUCCUGCAGUACUGUGUCCAUCGUCGUCCCGACAUCUAUCCCAAUCCCACCAAGUUCGAUCCUGACAACUUCCUGCCGGAGCGUAUGGCCAACAGGCACUACUACGCCUUCAUUCCGUUCAGUGCCGGGCCGAGGAGCUGUGUCGGACGCAAGUACGCCAUGCUGAAGCUCAAGGUCCUCCUGUCCACCAUUGUGAGGAACUACAUCGUACAUUCCACCGACACUGAGGCGGACUUCAAGCUCCAGGCUGACAUUAUUCUGAAGCUGGAGAAUGGAUUCAAUAUCUCGCUGGAGAAGCGUCAGUAUCCUGCCACUGCUACUGCUUAAAUGGAAAUGGAAGAAAGGAUAUAUAUGCCCCAGGAUGCCCAAAGGAUGCCCUGUAUAUAGAUGAUCCCCCUCGAUCCGAUGACGAACCCCCUCCACUGAAACGAAGCCUAAAAAAAAAAACACAAAGAAUCAAAUCCAUCAACGUGAAAUCGAAGCCUUCUAACAAAAAAAACCAAAAAACCAGCCACAGAGAGUCAACUGAAUGUCAUUUUAUUAUUUUCUUCUAACCUUCUAUCUAUCUAUUAUUCUAACAAAUUUAUUUUUUGGUCUUUAGCGGAUGGUGACCCCCCCUAUAUAUCCCCAAAAACUAUGCAACUGUUUGUGCUCUAUAUACCCAUAUCUUUUAUUUUUUUUUCCUAGACAUGUAGUGUGAUUUUUUUUGUAGUAUUUAUUAAGUCUCAUGGUUUGAAUGAAACCCAAAAAAUAUGAAAAAUAUAUAUACGUACGAUCGAGCAAGCAGACAAUUGAGCUGCAAAAAUUA